CAGCUCUCCGUCGCUUCCGCCCCUUUCCCCUUUUAAGGGAGCGACAUUGGUGAUUUUUUUUUAAGACUUGACGGCACCGCGUACGGUGUGAGACCGUGAAGCAGCGCCUCUCUCACUCCAGAGUUCCGCUGCCUCCAAGUGAGGGAUCGCUGCGUCCCCCAUUUUUCCCUGCUAGGCGACGGCGAAAGCUGCUUGAGAUGCUGGGCCUCAAAAGAAACGCAGUAAUCGGACUCAACCUCUACUGUGGGGGGUCCGGGUUAGGGGCCGGCAGCGGCGGCAGCGCCUCCCCUUCGGGAGAGCGGCUUCUGGCCGCGGGGAAGGAGGCCACCGCCCGGCGAGAGGCAGGGGGAGGGGAAGCCGGUGCGGUGAUUGGCGGAAGCGCCGGCGCGAGCCCCCCGGCCACUCUCGCGCCGGACGCCCGGAGGGUCGCGCGGCCCUCGCCCAUUGGCGCCGAGAGCCCCGACGUCACGGCGACCCCCGCGAGGCGGCUGUUCUUCGCGCCCUCCUUCCGCGCGUCGCCGCUUAAGGAGAUGGAAGCCCCGGCCGCCGACGCCAUCAUGUCGCCCGAAGAGGAACUGGACGGGUACGAGCCGGAGCCUCUCGGGAAGCGGCCGGCUGUCCUGCCCUUGCUAGAGCGGGUCGAGGAGGCCAGUAAUGGACCCGGUAUGAGCGGCUCACUGCCCUCUACGCCGCCCCCCGCAGAGGAGGAGGAGGAGGACGAGUUGUACCGGCAGUCGCUGGAGAUUAUCUCUCGGUACCUUCGGGAGCAGGCGACCGGCGCCAAGGACGCGAAGCCAAUGGGCAGGUCUGCGUCCGCCAGCCGCAAGGCGUUAGACACCCUUCGGCGGGUUGGGGACGGUGUGCAGCGCAACCACGAGACGGCUUUCCAAGGCAUGCUUCGGAAACUGGACAUCAAAAACGAAGACGACGUCAAAUCUUUGUCUCGAGUGAUGAUUCACGUUUUUAGUGACGGAGUAACAAACUGGGGCAGGAUUGUGACUCUUAUUUCUUUUGGUGCCUUUGUGGCCAAACACUUGAAGAGUAUAAACCAAGAAAGCUGCAUCGAACCAUUAGCAGAAAGCAUCACAGAUGUUCUCGUAAGGACAAAACGAGACUGGCUAGUCAAACAAAGAGGCUGGGAUGGGUUUGUGGAGUUCUUCCACGUAGAGGACCUAGAAGGCGGCAUCAGAAAUGUGCUGCUGGCUUUUGCAGGUGUUGCUGGAGUCGGAGCUGGUCUGGCAUAUCUAAUAAGAUAGCCUUUUAAGUGAAAUAAUUGACUGUUACCAACUCCAGGCACCAAAUCCACAUAACAUCUGCGGUGACGUGUGUUUAUGACGUUGGACUUGAAGCUGUCCAGGCUGUAACCUCCAUGCAACAUAGAACAGCAAGUGGCACGAGGAUUAUAGCUGACGAAUAAAUACAUGGGGAAAGUAGUCCCCCUUGAAGAGUCACUGUCUGAAAGAAGCAGAGUUCAGUUUCAGCAAACUUUGUUUGGGAGGCCAUGGAGGAGGACUUUUAGAUUAGUGAAGGCGGUAGGAUGGAAAGACUUGCUGUCCUUUUCUAGAACAGGAGAGCAGGAGAGUGGCCAGUAGCCCAGGCUAGUCAUAGAGUUCAUUAAAUAUGCCUACUGAAUUCAUUAACUCCCUAUAGUGUUAAAGGAAGCACUAACAAUGCCAGUGACUUGCAAAGUGGAUUUAAGCUACAAUAGAACUUUGACUAAAAGCCUCAGUACUGUACAACAGUGUAAAGGGAAGCUUUUUCCUCCUUACAGUUAGCUUUCCCAGGUAUGCUUCUUGAAGAAUAGAAAGCCCAAGUGCUCAGGACUUUUUGUACCUGUUCAACUUGGUCUUGGUUUGAAUGAUUCCACGUUUGUUCACCUUGUAAUGGCCAAUAAUACUUGAUGUAAGGCUAAAUAAUUAGUUACAAAGGUGGUAAAUACCCUCAAUUUUUAAGAUAGAAACAAUUUGUAAAUGUAUUUGUCUGUAAAAAUUGUAUAUAUUUUUACAGAAAGUCUAUUUCUUUGAAAUGUAAAGAAGCGAUUCUCAAAUUUCACUAUUUUUUUUCAUACCCUUUUGAAAUGUACAACUGUUGUAGUUAGUAACCUGUUCCUUACAGCCUUUCUAUUCUAAACUUUGUCCUAAUCAAUCACAGAUUAUAUACAGCCAGUCGAUGUGUGCAGCCCUGGUUGUAGUUAAAACAAUUUUGAUUCAUAACUGCAGUUUUUAAUUUUCCUAUCUGAUCUUGGUAUGUAUUCCUUAGAUAGGGUUUUUUUUGGGGGGGGGGACAGAAAUUGAGGAAUGGCAAUUAAUCCUUUCACUUUCUUACCUGUAGGUUUUCAAUAAUUGAAGCAAGAGGUUUUGGGGGGGCAGGCCAAUGAUGUACAAAUAAUGGGCUUUGGGCAACUACUCCUUUGCGUCCCUUCCUUAAAAGACUCAGCUGUUCCAGAUGGGACUUAUUAGCAGAUAUGUGUAUAAAAAGGUCACAUCAGUUGAAUGAGAGACAUUUGAUCCAUUGUUUGCUUAAUAAAUUGUAAAAUAAUGGCUUGAGAAAGAAAGCAGGCUGCAGUCUUACCGAUGGUGCUAUUUCAGGCUGGCUUGUUAUGCACGGGUCUAAGCCUAGUGUAUGAAAAAGACUCGUUUUCAUUUCUGUUCAUGAUUCCCCAAACUCUGAUUCCUAGACUUUGUUUCAUAUUUUUGCAUUGGCAUCUCUUCAAAUAUCAGACUAGACAGUCUAUUGAACUUAGCAUUUGUUUCCUAUCCUUCCUUGAGAUACUUGCUGCUUGUUCACCUCCCUCUACAGAUAAUUGGAUCAGUUCCUACAUCUUUCCCCGGCCAUCCCUGAACUCGGGCCCAUUUAGUUUGUGGCACUAGGAACCUAAGUAAACCCCCCUUCAUCCUUCAUGAAUUUUAUCCUUGGGAGGUGGCAUUACCAUGGGUUCUGUGACAGUAACCAGUCAUGAGGUAGGACGAGUCCCUUUUCCCCAGACUGGUACCUUUUUGGUUGUUCCUUUAUCUGACCUUCGGAGGGGAAAGUCUCAAAAGUCCUCUGAGGAAUUUUCAGAGGAGGGGACAAUAUCUUAAGUGACUUUCUCUAGGUUCCUUUGAAUUUGAACGUGAUCGCUUACAAAUGAUAGAACUCGGUGGGCUCUCUUACACCUCAGAGUGCUAUUAAAAAAAAAAGCUGGUUAAACUACAGAAAGCUUCAGUGUUAAAACGAGGGUCAUUUCAAAGCGUCAGCCUCAAAACAUAACCUUUAUUUAGUCUGUGGACUCCAGCUAAAAAUAGACAUGAAUAAAAUGACUAAGAAUGUAAGAGGGAAGAAUGCCCCCUGCCUGCCCAUUUCCGAGCCAUAAGGUCAUUUAGCUAGAGCUAUUUUUACCUAUGUAUUUAUCGUUCUUGGUCAUAAACCACUUAUUUAUAGCACAUCUAUCUCUUAAGGACCUAAAAGCACUUUAUGUAGUUUUUAAUUAAUCUUAAUAUCUGGUUAAGGUGACUAAAAAAGGCCUGUCUCCCCAAAUCCAGUUGUGGAAAUAAGCGCAGAGAUACAAAUGGGUGGGGUUUAGGGGCCCAGUUCCCUAUUUACUAGGUGUGACUGCUGAAAUGGUGAGGAUCUAAGUUGGCAUUUGGGGUCAGGGGCUGCGAGGGCUUAGGGAGAGGGUGGGCGGUUUUGUAGGGAGAGGAGGCAAGUGUUCUGGGUGCUGGCUCGCUGCCGAGUUCCGGCCCAUUCUCCCAGAGCAGAGGGAGGGAGGGGCUUCGUGGAAAGACGGCUCUCAGCAACGUCUGUCUUCAGCUUCUCUCAGGGAAAAACCUGCGGUCCUAGUGUCCACGUACGUUGUAUGGAGGCGAACACCUUGGUUGUGGUUCAACAGCUAGUACUGUUGACAGCUGUGCCAGGAAGGCUUAGGACCAACUGCAAAUUAAGGAGGGCUGUAAAAUGUGUUUUCCUAAUUCAUCUGUCUUCUGAAAAGAAAAUAAUAAAUCUUUUUUUUCAAAUUCAA